UUACGUCACCGCCUUGUGUUGAUAAUGUGCAGUGAGCAACCGAGCGGUUGAUACAACCAGUACUGAAGGAGCUCUCACGUUUAUAUUUAUUGUUCGGAUAAGUAUUUUGUACCCUUUUUAUUUUAGUCAUGACGGAAAUAUUUUCUACUCUCUUUGGUCAAAGUGAGGCUCAGGGUCCUCCAGGCCCGGCCGCUCUGGGCUUCGGGCCGGGAAAACCACCGCCUCCGCACCCGCAGACUCAAGCUCCAGUGCCGCCUCAGAUCCCACCACAGCCCGGGGAUGAAGGGCCUGCAGCUCGGAAGCCGGGAGUCAUGAACGAGCCUUUCUAUUUAUUGCGAGAACUGCCUGCUGGAAACGAUUUAACAGGAAACACAAACUUGAUAACGCACUACAAUCUGGAACAUGCUUACAAUAAAUUCUGCGGCAAGAAGGUGAAGGAGAAGCUGAGCAACUUCCUACCAGAAUUACCAGGUAUGAUAGAUUGCCCAGGCGUUCAGGAUGGCAGUUCUCUUCGCUCUCUAAUAGAGAAGCCUCCAGUCUGUGGAAACUCCUUUAGCCCCCUGACCGGAGCGCUACUGACUGGCUUCAGACUACACACUGGACCGCUUCCAGAGCAGUACAGACUCAUGCACAUCCAGCCUCCAAAGAAGAAGAGCAAACAUAAACACAGACAUCAUCGACCUCAGGACCCCAUACCUCCAGAGACGCCGUCAGACAUUGACCCCAAGAAGAAGAAGAAAAAGAGGGAUGAUGACCCUGAGCGCAAGAAGAAAAAGAAGGACAAGAAGAAGAAAAAGAAUCGACACAGUCCUGAUCAUCCUGGUAUUACUGGUUCUCAACCCAACAGCAACAGCCUGAGAUAGAUAGAGACAGUUUUGUGUGUUUGUGUGUGUGUGUGUGGGUGUGUGUGUGGGUGAGUGUGCGCAUGUGCUUUGUGGCUGAUAUUGAUUGAAUCUGGUUGUUACAGAUCAGUUCUAUUUCCACCUCUAUUUUCUCUUCAUCAUUCAGAAUGACUCAAAUAAAUUUUGUUAUUGUAAAGCUCAGCCUGUCUGUGCUUGGAGAGAAACCAAAUGUCAACAGUGAAUGCAGCAGCAAAGAGCAAACACUAGAGGGCAGUGUUGGACAGAGUAUUAUUGCAGAUAACGAGGAGUCUGUUUUAGAUUGUGUUGAGGUUGAGGGAGGCCUUCUAUUUUGAAUAAGCCCACUAGUUUGCUUGCAUCCCUUUUCUCCCCAAAUAGAAGUAAAUUAAUGAAUCAAAUGAAGUGGUUCAAACAGAAAAAUGGUUCACAGCUGGACUAGAGCUUGUCAUAAACAUGAUAGAAUAUCGGACUGACAGAAUGUGAGUCUUAUAGACAAUAUGCAGAACUGCAAUGAAAAAGUGUGAAACCUUUCCUUCAAGGUUUAAGUUUUGCAUGUUUAAAACCCUCUAAAAUUAUACCUCGUCCUUUUUUCCACUGGGCAUUCCAGUUUGUACAUCCUAAUGGAAUUUUUUGCAGAUCUUUUCUUGACCACUUCUUGAGCAUUCCCUAAAAAGACGGCAGUAAAUGAUAGAAAGCAAGGUUUUUAUUUAUCAAGUAGCUCAGAAUGUGUGGAGGGACCUACUUAAUAUGUACAAAUUGCCCAGUUACUGAAAUCCAUUAGUUUUAUUAAUUUUUUUUUAUUGUUACACAUGAAUAAAGGUAUUUUUUGAGGACAGGGUUUUUUCACACAAGUUGUUGUUAUUAUUAGAAUUAUUACCUAUUAUUAAUGAUGUUACUGAAGUGUCAAUGUAAAUACUCAUCUUUCCUAAUAAUUUUUUAAUCUGACAACAUGCUACUACUAUUAUGUGCAUUUUCCUUUUUAAUAUGCUUCUUUAUGCACAUUACAAUAUAUAAACACAUUUGACUAAAAAUUGUAUUUGCAUAAAAUGAAGCCUACAGAAUAUGUAAACAAAAUGUUUCUGUACGAAGGUUGAACCUUCCUUUAUAUCAAGGCCUUCAUUUUGUGUAUACUUGGCUAUGCCACCGUUGGAACUUGCCAGCUUGAACUGCAAACAACUUAAAAUGUCUUAAUUAGAAAAAUAAUGGCUGCACUGCACUCGGUACAAAGAAAAACCACUGAACCUUAAAACCUACAGAACUGUGCUUUUCACCACAAAUAUCAAAUAUUUACAAGGAAUAAUUAAAACAGUGUUAUCAUCUA